CACUGUGGAAAAGGCUCCGUUGUCAACGUGUGCGCUGUACGCACGCGCCUGGAUCACGAUUAAUUUGACAUUUUUCCUUUUGUAAUAGUGAACAAUAAUAUUUAUUGUCGAAAUAGUAAAAUGAUUUUCUGAGUGUUGUUUUUACAUGUGGUUGACUCAGCAGGAAGCAAGUGAUCCACUGAAUGUCAGGUCAAAAACCCACUUAGAAAAAUGUGCACAGAUGAGGACAUUUUUUGGUAUCACGGAAAAUUGUCACGGGAAGCCACGGAAAACCUAUUAAAAGAAGAGGGACGUCCCGAUGGGAGUUUUUUAGUGCGUGAGAGUAACUCAUCAACGGGCGAUUUCGUACUCUCAGUCCUUCACAACAAUGAAGUUAGUCAUUUUCAAAUCCGUAGACACAGCGAAGAUGCGUUUUUUUCAAUAGAUGAAAAUACUAAAAUCCACGGCCUUGAGAGUCUGAUAGAGCACUACGUAAACACAAAGGGGAUCCUCUCAGAGGGCCUGUCUCUGACUGUUCCCGUCAAAGGGGACGCGCCCCCCGACUAUUCACGCAGACACGGCCGCACGAAUUUGCUGCACCGCGCCACAAAAGAAGGGAAUUACAAAGUCGUGUCUGAGGUUCUUAAGACCGGCUAUAGGCACGAGGCGAAGAACCAGAACGGCCAAACGGCCGUGCACUUAGCCAGCAUGAACGGCAAGGACGACAUUCUCAGAAAACUCAUAGACUACGGUGCUAGUGUUAAUUUACGAGAUACUGCCGGAUACACUCCUCUUCAUUAUGCUUGCCAAAACAAUUUUCCAAGUACUGUAAGACUCCUGGUCCAAGUGGCCAACGCUAACAUCCAGUCCCGGAACACCGAAACUGGGGCCGUUCCUUUACACGAAGCUGCCAGUCGGGGCCACAAAGACGUGGUCAAAGCAUUACUAAGCCUAAAUGCCCCGGUUAAUCCCCGGGAUAAGGAUAACCAAUUGCCAUCGCAUCUUGCUAGGAAAAAUGGGUUCAUAGAAUGUGCCGAAAUUUUAGAAAACUAUCAAUGUCCAGCACCCAAAACGCAUAGGAGUUACUGGUACCACGGUACCCUAGACCGACACGAAGCCGAAACCACGAUCAAGCAAUUCAGUACGAAAGACGGCACGUUUUUAGUCAGGUGGAGCGACCGCAACAAAGAACGUGUCCUCACCCUUAUAAACGAGUCGUUGUUUUAUAAUUACAUAAUUAGGAAACAGGAUGAUUAUUUAUUUAUCGACAAUGGGCCUUACUUAGAAUCCUUAGAGCAUAUUAUUGAAUAUUAUAGUUUUAUCCCUGACGGCUUGCCGACAGUGUUACAAACACCUGUACCUCCUAAACCUAAGCCCCCGGUCCCUGAAUGUACCACAAUACCCAGACAACGAAAGAAAAACCUUAGACCGCAACCAGAAAUAAUAAGUAUAGCCGAAUCUCAGUCGCUUAAGUGUUUUCCUAGUCAAUUUCAAAACAUCCAUUUCACGACAAAUUUUUCGAAUAAUAAUAACUACACAACGAACGACAACGAAGAUGACUAUAUACCGCUAGAAAGGCUAAAAAUGGGUCGGGUUAUUGGGGAGGGCGAGUUCGGUUCGGUCUACGAAGGUACUUAUACGAAACGGAACGGAGAGGAAAUCAAAGUCGCUAUAAAAACAGUCAGACACGAGCAAAUCGAAACGAGUAAUGCCAUUUUGAAGGAAGCCCACGUGAUGAUGAGGCUGAACCACCACUGCGUGGUUAAGCUCAUCGGGCUGUCGAAAGGGCGCCCGCUCCUGAUGGUGCAGGAACUAGUCGCGCUAGGGUCUAUGUUGAACUACAUUAUUCUCAAUAAGGAGAGCAUUAAUCCGAACUCGGAGUUCAAGAUUUGGGCCGCUCAGAUAGCUUGCGGGAUGAAUUAUUUAGAAGAACAAAGAUUUAUUCAUAGGGACCUAGCCGCAAGGAAUAUCCUUCUAGCGUCCCAGCACCAGGCAAAAAUCAGCGACUUUGGCCUGUCUAGAGCGUUGGCCGCUGAUCAUGAAUAUUACAGAGCUUUGCAGGGCGGGAAAUGGCCACUGAAGUGGUACGCCCCCGAGUCGUACAACUACGGCCAGUUUUCACACAAAAGUGAUGUGUGGAGUUUCGGCGUCGCCAUCUGGGAAAUGUACAGUUUCGGUGACGUGCCUUACGGCGAAUUGAAGGGGUCUGAUGCGAUCAAAAUUAUCGAAGACGGCGAGCGGUUGAAGCAACCGGACGCUUGUCCGGACCAUAUUUACGAAAUAAUGCGGCGGUGUUGGGAGUACGACGCGGAGAACAGGCCGACGUUCAAGGAGCUGUUGGAGUUUUUCUCGUCGGAUACGGAGUACAUGAACAUACGGGAGUUGCUGCAGAGUGCCAACCUGGCCUGAAUUUACGUGCCAAUUGUUUUACAUACUCAUAAGUGCAAUAUAAAGCAUAUAAAUUGUUCCGUUUUAUUUGAUUUUAUUCAUUCCACUUUGUACAUAACCAGCGAUAAAUAAAAGUAUUUUGAGGAG